CCAUAUUUAAAUACAAGCAAAAGCGUAGCCUCCAAACUGGAGCUCACCUUGUCUCAAGCAAAAAGCCCUAAUCAGUAAUCUCGCCCUGCUUCCCUUUACAAAACCCUAAGCUUCCUCUCUAAAAAGAUGGGUCGCCGUAAAAACAGCAACGCAGCUCAAACGUCGACGAACUCUUCGAACGGAUUCGAAGGAACCAAGAUUCGGUUUCAAGACGCCGACGACGAGGAAGCCGCCACAGACAGCUCUAAUCUCGACGAAUCAAUCGUCGCCAUUGAUAAAGCUACCGAAGACGUCUCCAUGGGAGAACCUGACGUCUCCUUUGUCGAUUGCGAAGGCGAUGAUGAUAAAACCAGUGCUGAUUAUUACUUCGAUUCUUACUCUCACUUCGGUAUUCAUGAAGAAAUGCUCAAGGAUGUGGUGCGAACUAAGACAUAUCAAAACGUUAUUUAUCAGAAUAAGUUUCUAUUCCAGAAUAAAGUAGUUCUCGAUGUGGGAGCUGGAACUGGAAUUUUGUCUCUGUUUUGUGCAAAAGCAGGGGCAGCACAUGUUUAUGCAGUUGAGUGUUCUCAUAUGGCUGAUAUGGCUAAACAAAUUGUUGAAAAAAAUGGCGUGUCUGAUGUUGUUACAGUUUUGAAAGGAAAGAUUGAAGAAAUUGAGCUUCCUGUCGCGAAAGUAGAUAUCAUUAUAUCAGAGUGGAUGGGUUACUUUUUGUUGUUUGAGAAUAUGUUGAAUACAGUGUUAUAUGCCCGUGAUAAAUGGCUUGUCAAUGAUGGAAUUGUGCUACCAGAUAAAGCUUCUCUUUACUUGACAGCAAUUGAGGAUGCAGAGUACAAAGAUGAUAAGAUUGAAUUUUGGAAUAAUGUUUACGGCUUUGACAUGAGUUGCAUCAAAAAGCAAGCUAUGAUGGAACCUCUUGUUGACACAGUUGACCAGAAUCAAAUUGUGACAAAUUGCCACCUUCUCAAGACAAUGGAUAUCUCCAAGAUGGCUCCUGGGGAUGCUUCUUUCACUGCACCUUUUAAGCUUGUUGCACAACGUGAUGAUUACAUCCAUGCUUUUGUUGCAUACUUUGAUGUAUCAUUUACCAAGUGCCACAAAUUGAUGGGCUUCUCUACAGGGCCAAGAUCCCGAGCUACACAUUGGAAGCAAACAGUCCUAUACCUAGAGGAUGUGCUAACCGUAUGUGAAGGGGAGGCAAUAGUUGGUAGCAUGACUGUUGCACCAAACAAGAAGAAUCCCCGAGAUGUCGAUAUAAUGGUCAAAUAUUCAUUGAGUGGUCGACGAUGUGUGAUUUCGAAAGUUCAAUUCUAUAAGAUGCGCUGAUUGUCACGGUAUUCAUGACUAUUAGCUUCUGCAACACAAGUAAAUUUAUGAAUUGUCAAAGGCAUGAAGCUCUGCUCCUAUUUAAUGCAUCUGUAUUCUAGUUUUCCUUAAUCGCCUAAGAAUGAGAUGCCCAUAUAUUGGUUUUUUCAUGUGAAAUGUAAUGAUAGUUGCCUGUAAUUUUAUUUAAUUCUUUCCUAUGAAUGCAUGAGGAAAUUAGAAUCAAAUAGAUUCUCGAUACUUAGAAUGCCAAGAUCUUUUUGGAUAUUUAACGUAAUCCUUGCA